AUGACGGUCCGAAAGAAAUAUACACCUGAGGUUCUCUUGAGUGCUCCAAGGAGGUCAGCUGCCCUUCCCAGCCCGGAUGGGAAGCUUGCAUUGUACACACAAUCCACCUACUCUUUCGACACGCAUUCCCGGACAAGUGAAAUAUGUGUCCUAGAUCUGACCACCGGUCAGUCGGUCACCGUCAGCAAAGACGCCAAAGCGACAGAGCCGCGAUGGACGGGGACAGGCUUUGAAGUAGUUUGGUUGAAGGAAUGCGAAAAUGGAAAUACAAGCUUUGUCGUUACCGACGCCACCCUUCCAGGGAAAUGCUACACUGCCGGUACCGUACCCGGCACAGUAUCAAAUCUCAAGCUCUUCAUCACCGAACCUGGUAAGGUGGCUGUUGCUGUUUCGGGGCAGGCCAAUCCUGAUGGAAGCCUCCACAAUCCAAAAGGUGCCCAGAAACAGCAUAGUUCCGCACGCCUCUACGAUUCGCUCUUCGUCCGGCAUUGGGACACUUAUGUCACCGACCAGCGCAACACCAUUUUUACAGGAUUGCUGCAGAAAUCACAGCCCAUGGUUACGUCGCGACAAGGGCGUUAUAGCUUGCUUGGCUUCCACAAUGCUCUCCAGGGGACCGGUCUGGAAUGCCCAAUUCCGCCCUUUGGAGGGAGCGACCACUUCGACAUCGGGUCGACCGGACUAACCAUCGUGGCUAAGGAUCCUACUCUUGACCCAGCAACGCAUACCAAGUGUGAUUGCUAUUUCAUCCCCAAGAAAGAUGUCAUGGACAUGAGCCCACCAAACUUUCGCAAAAUCCAUAUCCCUGGAUUCUAUGGUGCCGCCUCCUCUCCCGUGUUCUCACCUAGUGGCGAAUCCUUGGCAUAUCUUCACAUGGCGACUGACGGCUAUGAAAGCGAUAAGAGCCGGAUUGUCUUUGUCCAUGGGCUCGACAAGACCGAUAUCGUGGCCAGGGAGUUGAUGCGAACGACUGAAACCCCGGAUGGCUGGGACAGAUCCCCUUCCGCUCUGAAAUGGUCUGUCGAUGGAAGAUAUCUACUAAUAGAAGCCGAAGAUGUGGGGCGAGGAUGUCUUUUUUCCCUCGAUCUGGAAACGGAAGCUCCUGGACCUGAAUGGCGUCCUCUCCAGUUGACCAAAAGUGGAUAUAUCAUCGAUGUGGCUCCCUUGUCGUCAGACUCCAACCUGCUCCUUGUCUCAAGCAACAGCCUUGUCGACAAUAGCACCUACACGAUUAUUGAUCCUUUGGGCGAGGCUGCUCCUGUGGUGGUCUCAUCCCUCAGCCGCAUGGGUUCGAUGUUUGGUCUUUCACCCGAGCAAGUCUCAUCAGUGUGGUGGAAAGGAGCCAACGAGCACCCAGUCCAUGCUUGGAUGAUGAAGCCGUCAUUCUUCCGAGCGGAUCAGAAAUACCCUCUGGCCUAUCUGAUCCAUGGCGGUCCUCAAGGCGCCUGGAACGACCAGUGGUCGACUCGCUGGAAUCCUGCCGUGUUCGCAGAGCAAGGAUAUGUCGUGAUUUGUCCCAAUCCAACCGGGUCAACAGGUUAUGGGCAACAGUUUACCGAUGCCAUUCGGAAUCAGUGGGGCGGGCUACCUUACGAGGACCUUGUCAAAGGAUUCGAGUUCAUCGAGUCAGAGCUGGACUUUGUGGAUUCAUCUCGAGCCGUCGCUUUGGGUGCCAGCUACGGUGGUUACAUGAUGAAUUGGUUUCAAGGACAUGAUUUGGGCCGCAAGUUCAAGGCCCUCGUUUGCCAUGAUGGCGUUUUCAGCAUGACCGGCCAAUUGGCCUCGGAAGAACAGUAUUUCCCGAUCCAUGACCUAGGCGGGCCACUCUGGGAGAGACAAGAACUCUACGACAAAUGGGAUCCGAGUCGUUUCACCAAGCACUGGGCGACCCCUAUGCUUGUGGUCCACAAUGAACUGGACUACCGACUGACCAUCUCAGAGGGUCUAUCAGCAUUCAACGUGCUGCAGAUGAGGAACAUCGAAAGUCGGUUCCUGAGCUUCCCGGACGAGAACCACUGGGUGCUGAAGCCAGAAAACAGUCUUGUCUGGCACCUAGUCGUCAUCAACUGGAUCAACAAGUUUGUUGGGUUACCUAAGCUGGUUGAUCGCCAGGGCAGAGAUGGAUCGGCGUUCUGUCGGCAGCAAGGGCGCAGAAGACAGGCUACUAUGCGUAGGGGCUCAUCGCGCAUCGAACAGUAA